ACUGGAUGCAGAUCUAGAUCACACGGCACCACUCUCUGAUAUCCCCUCUCCUCUCCUCCGCUCCGCUCCCCUCCCCUCCCCUCUCUCUUAUGGCUUGAGAAGACUAGCUAGGCAACACGUUAGUUCACUAUUCGGCAGCAGGGGCUUCUCAUCCAGCCAGAAAUUUCUGAAUUGGCAUUGAGUUAGUGGACUGUCCUCAAAUCAUAGUCAUAAUAAACUCUAAUCCAUAAGCUGAUAUUGUUUGGAGAAAGCCCGGACAAGUGUUGUGCCUUUAAAUUUUUCGGAUAAAGAGUGGAGUCUUUGACUACUGCAGUACCAAUGGAUCGCCGAGCUAGUAUCACAAAAAUAGACCUGGAGUACAUGCUAUGCGAUGAGGAUGCAUACCCACGGGCCCUGCCAUUCUCACUUUUGGAACAAAUCACAAAUGGUUUCUCUGAUGAACAUAUAAUUGGCAGAGGUGGCUUCUCGGUGGUUUAUAUGGGAAAGCUUAGCAAUGGUGCCGUCGCUGUAAAGAGGCUGACACAUGCAUACAGACAUGAGGCAGCCUUCCAACGAGAGGUUGAGUGUCUCGUGAAGACGAGGCACAAAAGCAUCAUACGAUUUUUGGGAUAUUGUUCUGACACACAAGGGAGCAUGGGAACGUACGACGGAAAAUUUGUCAUGGCAGAAACACAACAAAGGUUGCUCUGCUUCGAAUACCUACCUAAUGGAAGUCUUUCUGAUUACAUCCAAGAUUCAUCGGCGGGACUUGAAUGGAGAGAGCGAUAUAAAAUAAUCAAAGGGAUUUGUGAAGGAUUAACUUACCUUCACCAUAAUAACAUUUUGCACUUAGAUCUAAAACCUGGAAAUGUAUUGAUGGAUGAGGAUAUGUUGCCAAAAAUUGCUGAUUUCGGCCAUUCAAGGUCCUUGGAGAAAUAUCAAACGUCGAUCAAUACAACAACAUUCUCAGGAACAUUGGGAUAUAUGGCACCGGAAUUUGCUGGCCAUAAGAUCACACGCACAUUUGACUUGUAUAGUCUUGGUGUUAUUAUCAUUGAAAUAUUGACAGGGAAGAGAGGGUAUCACAAUGUUGAAAAUAUACUUCAAAGUUGGAGUAAUAGGUCGAAUAUAUUGCAACGCGGCCAAAUACAAGUAUGCUCUGAGAUUGCGAUUGAGUGCAUGGACUUCAACCCAUCCAAAAGACCAGUAAGUACGCAGCAAAUAAUUGAUAGGCUCUUCGCUGCAGAAAGUAGUACACAGGUAAUCCCAGCUGGUGGGACAAGCAAGACUCUUCUCCUUGACAAGUUCGUGCUUUACUUCCCCUUCGAGCCCAACAAGGUUAUUACGUUCCCGCUGCAGCUAACAAAUAACACCAAUAAACACGUUGCAUUUAGGCUUACAAACAAGCACAUGGAGUCCUCUUUCCUUAGGCUGCCAUUGUAUGGCCUUGUGCCACCAAACACCCCUUACACUAUCAUCAUGACAACACAUGAGAAAGAAGAACUACCACCAAAGUAUAUCAUAGAUGUGAUCCUCCAUAGUGCUACACUAACAUUGGGGGAUGAUGGCCAUGUAUACACUUCCCAAAUCCAUAUAGACAAGUUUUUUCAAGAAAUGGCGAAUGGAGUGCAGGAGGUAAAGCUGAAGGCACUUUAUACUCUGCCACGACACAUCACAACAUUGUCGUUUAAGCCAAUCUCGCCCAGCACCCAAAUAAUAUGCAAGGUAAAAGGCCCCGCCCUGUAUUCUUUGGACACAAAUCAGGCCAAACAAUGGAUAAUAAUAGGAGAAGACAAUGGACAUGUUGGCUUUUGGGACUAUCAGACACAGAGAAAAGUGGAUUCAAUAAAAGUCUCCUCCAACCGUGUUACGUGCCUUAAAUUUAUUGAAAGAAAGCAAUGGAUUGUUGCUGGGACAAAUAAUGGUAACGUCCAUGUGUACGACUACAGACAAAUGAGAAAGAUCACAAGUUUCAGAGUUGGUACAUUUGAGGAUCUCGUCUCACUGGCUGUUCAUCCAACCCGGCCGUAUUUGCUGUCAGCGGGUACAAGCAUGAAACUUUGGGACUGGGACAAGGGCUGGGAGUGCAUCCAAACAUUCCAGGAUAAAAACCACGACACAACAUAUCAAGUCGCAUUUAACCAAAUUGGCACCUUUGUUGGUAGUUCAAUGGAUUACACAGUGAAGGUUUGGAGUCUAGAUUCAUGCGAAUGCAACCAUGCUCUGCUUGGGCAUUCAAACAAAAUUAACUGCUUGGCUUUCUUCACGUGCCACGAUGAGGAGUUUUUGGUUACAGGUUCAGAUGAUCAGACUGCCAAGAUAUGGUAUUUGCAGAAGAACAUAUGUGCAUAUACACUCGAAGCUUUCGUAUCUCCAGUUACAUCUGUCCUGUACCAACCAAGUCAUCAGACACUAAUUAUGGGUUCAAAAGAUGGUGCUAUUUAUUUGUGGGGCACCAAAAAUUGCAGGAUAUAUUCAUCUCCCCCCAUGCUUAAAAGGAUCAUCAUGAUCGGUUGUACGGGAGCUACCUACCAUCUCGCGUGUGCGAUGGGAAGGGUUGUGAUUGGGAAGGAAAACACAGUAGCAAUUAUGGAUAUUGAUAAUGUGAAUUAUAAGGAGCAAUCAACAUAUUACAGUGAGCAGCAGCCAAGUCCAGAUACAAGACACUAUGCUAGAGACACAACGUCCAGGCAGGAAAUCCUAUGGCCCAUCAACAAGCUACUUGACGUCCAGCCACUGGAUCUCCACUUCCCCUAUGAUUCCAAUGAACCAAUCCCAUGCUCACUACACCUAACGAACAACACUGAUGAAAAUGUUGCUUUUAGACUUGUCGACAAGAGCGGCAAAUCUGCAUGGUGCUUCGUAAAGAUGCCAUUGUACGGUGUUGUGCCUCGCAAAUCAACUUACAUUUUGAUUGUCACAACGAAAGAGGAGAUGAAACUAAAGGAAGAGACAGACUUUGAUCUUGUUAUUCAGAGUAUUUUAUUGGGAAACAAGUACAUAACUGUAUUUGACAACCAAACUGAGUCUGAUGAAGUUUUUGAAGAAGCCAAAGGGUUUGGGAAUAUGCUGCAUGAGGUGGCACUGAAAGCUGUUUAUCUACAGUUUGGAGAGAUCACGUCGGAGUGCUUUAUUCAAUCCCAGAAUAUAUUGGUGAAGUAUAAUCCUGACACUCUGUGUUCCCUGGAUGCACAUCCGGUAGAACCAUGGAUUUUAACAGGUCAUGGAAGCGGAUAUGCUCGUCUAUGGAACCAUCAUAUCAAGUACCCGUUGAGUUCGUUUAAAAUUUCAGAGUAUGCAGUAGGCUGCGCCAAAUUUAUUGCAAGACGGGAAUGGUUGGUAGCUAUAACAGAUCGUGGUCACCUCUAUGUUUACGACUGUGCAUGUGUAAUGAAUAUCAAAGAGAUCACGGCUGUUAGGCCUACUGGUGUCACUAUCACUCCACUACUAGCCAUUCAUCCAAUCCUUCCAUAUGUGCUAUCAUUUCCUACAAUGGUUUUAGACUGGGACCAGGGCUGGAAGGUCACACAAAUAAUUGAUGGUACUAGCAUGGUGACAGCCGCAUUUAACCCAGAAGACGCCAACAGUUUUGUGAGUGGGUCUUCUGAUGGCGAAGUAAAGAUUUGGAAGCUCGAUUCUACCGACCCUGAAUAUUGCCUCCAUGGUCAUUUGGAUGCUGUGAACUGCCUUGAUUUUUUGACACUCUGGGAUCGACAGUAUUUGAUUACUGGCUCUAAUGAUUGCUCUGCCAAGAUCUGGGAUAUGCAGAAAAGGGCCUGCAUUUGUACGCUGGAAGCUAUGUCACCAGUUCGUUGUGUCCUGGUCCAUCCAACACUUCCAGUCGUAAUUACAGGAACAGAACAUGGCAUCAUUCAUGUGUGGAGCUCCACUGAUUUCAGGCUAAAGAGAACCAUUAACUUAGGCGGUGGUGGACCUGUUGUUGGUCUCGCAUGUUUGAUGGGUUCACGAAGGGUUGUGAUUGGGCAAGGAAAUGCUAUACGUACCAUAGAAAUCCGUAAUGAUGACGGGAUCGACUGUCCUCCAAGCGAUGUAGACACCGGCCCCACCAUCGUUGGCAAGAAAUGAAAUUUGAACCAGAUCAAGGUGAAGAAACGGUCUUUGAAGGUUGUUUUGGUACAUGGCGUCAGGUGGUUUUCAGUUUGCCUCAAAGCCCUUGUCCCUAAUAGUUCAACAAUCCUUAGAGCAUUUGCAAGAAGUCUAUCACCAGCUUUGAAGCAAUAAUCGCCCUUGGUUCAAUGUCUUCUUCCAGAAGAUGAAUUUCAUUCUUGUCAGCGGCAAAUUCAUCGGUGGAAUCAUGUGAUGAGGACUAGGAGGAAUUUGCAAGUCGACAAGAGGAGUCUUAGGAUUUUGCACCAGACGUGAAUGAAAUCAAAUAUCACCAGCUUGGGAUCAAGUAACACUAGUAUGCUUGAACCCUUAGCUCUUUCUACCUUCUCAGCACGAUCCCUGAUAAUGUCAGCUAGGGUGUCUGAUUCUUGGACCUCAUCAUGUUUUUUCAUCCGACUUCCUCGGCUGGAAGGCUGGCCAUGUUGGGCAAUAGACUCGGUUUUUUGCCUGGGUACGGUGACGCAACUAGCAUGCUUGUUAAUUCAUUUUGCCCACAGGUAGAUUGCAUCAUUCCUUGUGCUACACGAAGCAAUAGACACGCCAGUUGUUCUCUGACAAGUGUUUGGAUCAGCAGAUAUAGUCACAGUAGCCAUGGGUGCUUAAGACUUGGGCCUUGAAGAACUAGGUUCAGCAGGCUUUGGCUUUGGUUUCCAAGCCUUUUUCUUCGCUUGCUGCACUUGGGAGGCAGAAGCAUUUGGAGCAACCACCCUUCCCUGGUUUUUCCUUGGCGGACCUAUAAUAUCUUUAGGAUAAACACCUCCAUCAGCUUGAGACCUUAAAGGACCAGGACUGAAGUUCAUCAGAUGAGCAUAAUUUUUGGCCGAGUUUUUCGCAUACGUUUAGUUGUCGUUGAAGAAUUCAGGAUCACGACACCAUCGCAUGCUUGAAGAACUACACAAGCUUGUUUCCCCCCUGUGUUCAUCCAAACUGCAGAAGCUCCGGAAGGACGUGGCCGUGAGACUCCUUGAUUUUUUCAAUAAAGGACAUUUCAUUGAAUAGAUAUAUCGAGGUGAUACAAUCGCAUCGAAAGAAAGCCCGGCCUCUGCAUAGGUAGAUGCACACAGCCAAAAAACUCCAGAGUAGCCUAAAAGCAAAAAAUAAUUCGAUACAAUGCCAAUCAAAGAAACAUGUCCAGCCUAAGGAGUGGCUGAUCCUAUCCGUAGGUCACACCGCCAUCCAUGGGGGUAGAAAACCUCCCUGGCCGUACGCUCCAGCCGUGUAGAAGCCAUUACAAAAAGGUCCAUGUCCUCCGGCCUCUGCAGGAUAGACCAAGUACGGAGCCAUCGUGUACACACAUGAAUAAUCUGCAUAGGAGAUGUGACAUAUUUGUUACUAAAAAUCACAUCAUUUCUGGUAAGCCACAGGGCCCAGCAUAAGGCCGCCGCUCCCACAAGAAUAUGUGCAGAAAAUUGUUUAUCAAUACACAGCAACCAGUUGCCGAACAUGUUCCAUGCACUACGUGGUGGGUAUAGAUUCUCAGCUACUUCAACUAUGGUCCAAAAUGCCCGAGCGAACUUGCACUCAAAAAAAUUGUUUAAUAGACUCGUCGUGUUGGCAAAAGACACAUGUAUUGAAACCAUGCCAGUUUCGUCGUGCCAGAUUAUCUCUAGUUAGGAUGACUCCUCUGUUAAGAAACCAAAGGAAAAUCUUCACUCUUAGAGGGAUUUUGAGCUUCCACAAUUUUCUGUUAUCAACUAGAACAUCACAAUGAACCAUUGCAUCAUACAUGGAUUUGACUGAAAAUUUGCCAUUCUGAUGCAAGUUCCAUCAAAAAAUGUCCGGCUCACCUGAAAGUUGAAUGUCUUCCAGGCGAGUGAGUAAUUCAUUUCAUGCUUCCAGGCAAGGGCCAAAAAGGUCCCCCCGAAAAGAAAUAUCAGGGUUUUCUUGUCCUAAAACUUGUUUGAUUGUGACAAAUUUAUGUCUAACAAUCCUGUACAAGCUCGGUUAUUGAACCAUUAGUGGGUUAUUCCCUAGCCAGAUAUCUUCCCAGAAUCGAACCUGAGAAUCGUCCCUAACUGAGAUGGUCCCAAAUUGGAAAAAUAAUUCCUUGGCCUUCAUCACACCACUCCAGAAAUGAGAAUCCCCGGGUUUCCAAUAAACUUGAGAAAUGGCAUUGGAUCCCACAUACUUGUUGCGAAUGAUUUCCUGCCAUACUCCAUUCUCAGUGAGUAGUUUGUAAACCCACUUGCUGAGAAGAGCAUUUUUUUUUAAUCUCAAGGUCUUGGAUCCCCCGUAAGACAAGAGCUUGGCCUUCCAACUGGCUAAGCAUUUCUCUACUCUCUCUUCCACAUGCUUCCACUCAGUGAUAGAUAAGUGCAGACAGUGUAUGGGAAUACCCAGAUAUCAAAUUGGAAACUGCCCGAGCCGGCAUCCAAAAAUCUCAGCAUACUCAGGUGCUGAUUCUGCAGCAUCACCAAAGCAAAAAAGAUCGCUCUUAUGAAAAUUAAUUUUGAGACCAGAAAGUUCCUCAAAAGCACAUAAGAGAAACUUGAGAUUUCUUGCCUUAUCUAGAUCAUGAUCCAUGAAUAGAAUAGUGUCAUCCGCAUAUUGUAGAAUAGAUAGACCAUCUUCUAUCACCGUCCAGCUUAGCCCGCUCGACAAGGCUAGCUAGCAUGUCGACCACAAUGUAAAACAAAAUAGGAGAAGCGGGGUCCCCUUGGCGAAGCCCGUUCCUUGUCUGAAAAUAGUUGCCAACGUCAUCAUUAAUUUUUAUGGCCACACUGCCUCCAGAGACAAAGCUCUCUACCCAACGCCAUUUUUGUGAAAACCCCUUCAUGCGCAAAGUUUGCAAUAGAAAGGGCCACUUAACCUUAUCGUAGGCUUUUUCAAAAUCUAUUUUAAGAAUGACACCAUUCAAUUUUUUUUGGUGAAGCUCAUGUACAGUUUUGUGCAAGACGACCACUCCAUCUAAUAUGUUGCGGCCUUGAAUAAAUGUUGUUUGAGUGGGUUUUACAACAUGGUCAGCCACCCCGUUCAAGCGAUUAGUUGCGACCUUCAUAAAGAAUAUAAAAUUUACAUUCAGAAGGCAAAUCAGUCGAUAUUGUUGAAUACGACUAGCCUCCUUAAUCUUAGGUAAUAGAAUAAUUUCCCCAAAGUUUAAACAAGAAAUGUCAAGGUCUUCAGCAUGCAGUUGGUUAAACAACUGAACCAAGUCUACCUUAAUGACGUCCCAAAAACAUUGAUAGAACUAUGUGGGAAAGCCAUCCGGACCCGGAGCCUUGUUGUGUUCCAUUUGAAAGACCAUAGUUCGAAUUUCCUCCUCAGAGAACGGGGAGGUUAGGAAUUCAUUUUCCGCUUUUGUAACUUGAGGAAUGUGAUGAGUAAUGGAUUCAUCCAGCUGAAAAUUUGAUUCAGUUGAAGGUCCAAAAAGCUCUUUGUAAUACUUAGUAAUAAAAGUUCUAAGUGGUACGUCCCCCUCAAUUCGGCCUUCCUCCUGGUCAAGGGCGAAUAUGCGUUUCUUUCUAUGUCUGCCAUUGGCAAGAAUUUGAAAGUAUUUUGUAUUAUCAUCACCUUGCACAAGCGAAUCCGCUUUGCAAAGUUGGUACCAUUUAAUCUCUUCCUCGCGUAGUAGGCGGGCUAUCUGCUCAUUUAGAUUGCUUUUUUGCUCAAUCUCAACUGCAGACAGAGGCCUCACCUCCGCUAUUUUAUCAAGGGAAUCAAUUAAGGUAGAAAGUCGUAGUUUUUCUUUUUUGUAGAUGCCAGCAGUAUGCUUGGCCCAUCCACGAAGGAAUCGAUGCAAUGCACGAGUUUGAUUAUUCCAUCGUUGAAUGGGUGUGUUACCGCGAGGCAGACGCGCCCACACUUUCUUAACCAGGUCAUGAAAUCCCUCUCUAGUGAGCCAUCCCAACCCAAAUUUAAAUUGGUGACGGUUAGAACUUGGGAUUGGUUGUCCAAAAUCGAUGAGCAAUGGAGCGUGAUCCGAUAAGGUCUUAAUUCUUUCUAAUGCCCGAACCGAGGCUAGGGGAUAUUUAUAUUCCCAGUCGGUGGUAACUAGCACCUGGUCAAGUUUUUCAAAGGUUGGCACCGUAUCGGUUGUUGGCGUAGGUAUACUGACGACCAGACAUCGUGAUCUCCCUCAGAUCCAGACUGUCAGUACCAACAUUAAAGAGGAAAGGUCACCUUGUAUCAAACAGCUUCUUGUCUUCCUCCCUCACCCACCUGGACCUUUUCGGAACUUGUAAGAUGGAGCGCUUGACUAACGAGCAAGAAGACGCCCUUCACCUCCUCGCCUCCCUCCAGCAACUCGAGUUUUCGAGAUUCGAGAAGCUUCAGGACCUCCCUGCAGGGCUGCACAAGCUUACCAAGCUCAAGCGAUUAGAGUUCGAAUCAUGUCCUGCCAUCCGGUCACUGCCCAAGGAUGGCCUUCCCAAAUCACUGCAAGAAUUAAGUGUCUGCUGGUGUGGCAACAAGGAGCUAAAAAAACAGUGCAGGGGGUUAGUGGGAACCAUCCCAAAAAUCAUCCUGGACUGAUCCAAGGCCUCUGCUUUGGACCCUUGUACAUUCUUCUAGCCUUGUGCAACUUAUUUGUUUGCACACAUGUACACUUGACACAUGCAUGACAUGGGGAUCUUGUGGCCAGCUUCCUUCCUGUACAUAAAUCUGGUGUUCGUUCGUGUUCAUCAGGAUCAAGAUUUGGCUUCUGCAUAUUUUGCAUUUAAAUUUGGGUUCUUGUCAUUCAUCGAGUCUUGGUAGUCUACUGGUCUAGUUCAAGUGCAAGGAUCAACAUAUCAGUAUGGAAAAUAAAUGAGAAUUUGGAGUCAUUCUACUGAUAUUAAGGAUCUUCACAAGAAUACCCCACACAUCAUGUCAGUGUACUCUUGGGGCCAAUUUCGGAACACAGCUAUCAUUAAAUAGUUGUGCCCAACAAGUUCCCCCAUUUGCAUGGAAAUCAACAAUGCAUUAGUAGCAGUCUGAAGAGCAAUCUCCUUGGAAGCAAAGGCUGUGUUUGACUAAGGCUUUCCUCUACAGCUGCAACAGCCAUGCACAAAUUGUUCUGAUCAGUGGCUGCAGUUUCAGCUGUUCCAACUGCUACUGUACCAAUAGCAAAAAUAACUCUUGAGCUGCACCGUGCAAACUUGUAAGUAUCCAUGAGUGGUGUGGAAACAGGCGGAGGGGCAUGGAAUACUAAAGAGGGCGGCAACUCCCACCAAAUCUUGGAUGCAGAGGGAGGCGGCAAUUGGCAGUUGCGAAGGGCGGACGGGGUAGGGCCGGCAGUGGCGGUUCGCAGUUGCAAAGUAUGAAGGACAUAUCAUCAGGAACUACCAUUUGCUGCAGUUAUUUCGAAGUGGUAAACAAACAAAGAAAGAAACAAACAGCAGUUUGCAAUUCUCUCUUUUAUUCCUCUGUUUCUUGGAGAGCAGAGGAAGGAGAAAAUGGGUCAUCCCACAUUCAGGACUGCUCUUCCAUUCAACUCUUGUAUACAAUCGAAUAGUAGUUUGCCACUGAUGUGGUGUUGGGAUUAACCACGAUGUAGUGGUUCCUUUGUCCGGCACGGACUAGAUAGUGAUUUGUAAUAAGACUCGGACUAGUUUAGGACUAGCAGCUUAGCUCCUUUGAAUAUCCAUGUACCCCUACGUUGUACUCUCUCUGUCUCAAAAUACUUAUCGGAAAAUUAGAUAAAAAUAAAUGUGCCCGC